AAACUUUCAGCAAGUCUACCACACAAUUUAUUCGCUCUCUCUCUCUCUCUCUCUCUCUGUCUAUCUAUCUUCAGUGACUAGUGUUUUUAUUUUAGUGGAGGAAGAAUCAGAUUCAGAGUCAAAUCAAGCUUGAGGAUGGGAUCUGGAGCUGGAAAUUUCGUCAAGGUUCUUUUGAGGAACUUCGAUGUCCUUGCUGGGCCUCUUGUGAGUCUCGUUUAUCCACUACAUGCCUCAGUCAGAGCAAUUGAAACUCAAUCACACGCUGAUGACAAACAAUGGCUCACAUAUUGGGUCCUUUAUUCCUUACUUACACUCUUCGAGCUCACAUUCGCCAAACUCAUCGAGUGGUUACCUAUAUGGUCAUACGCGAAGCUGAUCUUGACUUGCUGGCUUGUGAUUCCGUACUUUAGCGGCGCUGCUUAUGUCUAUGAGCAUUUUGUGAGACCUGUGUUUGUUAACCCACAAAGCAUUAACAUUUGGUAUGUGCCAAAGAAGAUGGAUAUCUUCAGAAAGCCAGACGAUGUGUUAACAGCUGCUGAGAAAUACAUUGCAGAGAAUGGACCUGACGCUUUCGAGAAAAUCUUAAGCCGGGCCGAUAAAUCAAGAAGAUAUAAGCAACAUGAGCCAAUGUAUGGUGACUGGUGAGGAGUAUCAGUACUAAGGGACCUUGAAAAGCUUUUAUAAAUAUUUAGAAUGUGUGAAGCAAGUUCAUGUCUUUGAUGUUGUUUGUUUUGCUCCUUUUUUUCUUUGGAUCUCUGUCGUGUAAAAAAAGUUGAUUAUUAAAUGAAGAAACUUUAUGCUCGAA